AUGGCCGCCACCUUGUCUCUCCAGCACACCCUCCCCAAGCUGCCCGUCCCCACCUUGGAGGAGACCAUCGCCAAAUACCUCAAAACCAUCGAGCCCCUGACCACACCUGAUGAACUGGAACGCAACAAGGAACUCGCAAAGGACUUUCUCAAGCCCGGAGGACUCGGUCGCACCCUCCAACAGCGUCUCUUGGAUGUCGACCGUGCUGCCCCUGACAACUGGCUGGACGACACCUGGUGGAUCAGCAAGGCAUACCAUGAGUGGCGCGAGCCUUUGUUGGUCAACUCCAACUGGUACAUUUUGAUGCGCAACGAGUACAACCACCCUACCGAGUUCUAUUCCACUGUCGAGAACCCAGCCUACACAACCUUCCAGGUCAAACGUGCAGCUCACCUUGCCCAGCAGUUGCUCGACUACAUCGACACAUUGUACAGACAGAACAUCCCAGUAGAAAUGACCAGGAGCGGCCCUCUUUGUAUGCACCAGUACACACAGUUGAUCGGCAUGACCCGUAUCCCUCAGGCAGGAUGCGAUCGUCUCGUCAACACCCCCUUCCCCUCGCCCUCGAAGCACAUUGUGUUGAUUAUCGAUGACCAGUUUUUCAAAAUCGACGUUGUAUCCAAGGACAACAAGCGCCUCCUUGACGGAGACAUGGAGAGACAAUUCUUGGAUGCGAUUAAGCAGUUGGAGAAGAUCAAGGCAUCAGCCCCCAUUGGAAUCUUGACCUGUGACCACCGUGACGCCUGGACAAAGGCUCGCGAGCACCUCAUCGUCCUCGACCCCAAGAACCGCGAAUCCCUCCAGGUGAUUGAGGACGCCCUCUUCUGUGUCACCCUCGACUCUGCCGCCGAGGCAACAAAGGCCGAUCGCAAGAACGACUUUGCCGAGUGGGCCAAGUUUGGAAUGCACGGUCAUGGUGGUCGCAACCGCUGGUGCGACAAGUCUCUAAACUUGAUCUUUGAGCGCGACGGCAAGUUUGUCUGCCACGGUGAGCACUCGCCUUGCGAUGCAUUGAUUCCAGCAUUGAUCAUGGAUUACAUUAUUCGCAAGCCCACCGACUUGAACGCCCCCAGCACCAACGCCAUCAUUGACGCCCCCAAGCACCUGUCCUUUGUCACUGAUGCCAAAACUCAGGAGCACCUCAAGGCUGCCUCUGCCACCAUCGAGGCCCUCUCCAAGAACAGUGAUUGCGGUAUCGUCUACUUUGACGAGUACGGUUCAGAUUAUGUCAAGAAAGUCGUCAAGGCCUCGCCUGAUGCGUAUAUGCAGAUGGCGCUUCAGCUCGCAUAUUACAAACAGAUCGGUCAGCCCUGCGCCACCUACGAGACUGGAUCAACUCGCGCGUUCCGCCGUGGACGUACCGAGACCAUUCGCACCCUCAGCACUGACAGCUAUGCCUUCUGCAAAGCUAUGGAGGACUCUUCUGUCGAGCCCGAGAAGAAGGUCAAGUUGCUUCGCGCGGCAAUUGCAGCCCACUCCAAAUACCAGCGUGAAGCAGGAAACGGCAAGGGCAUCGAUCGUCACCUGAUGGGUCUCCGCCUCUGCCUCCAGUCCGGCGAAGCCCACGGUCUUUUCCAAGAGCCCGUCUUUGGCAAGAGUGGCGCCUUCCUCUUGUCGACCUCUGGAUUGUUUGCUGGUGACAACUUUGUCGGUACGGGCUUUGGAGCCAUGUACCCUGAUGGUUACGGUAUCAAUUAUUUGGCUGGUGGUAAGACCUUGAAGUUUGGAGUCGAGUCCAAGUUUGAAAGCAAGGUGACGAGCACCCGUGAAUUUGGCGAGUUUUUGAGACAGGCGCUCAGGGAUAUGAGGACUGCUGUUGAGCAGACCUUGCCAGAGGACCAGCGCAAGGUUGCUGCCAAGUUGUAA